AUGGCCUCUCUCCGCGAUCUGCGAAUGCCGGCUUGGCACGAACUCCAACGUUAUCUUACAGAUCCUGAGAUUCUGACGUCGGAAAUCUUGUUCUUGAUUUUGACUUUGUCGAACAUUUUUGUGGUGUAUCGUCUCUUCCUCGAUGUGGUCCCCUUCCCGGUUUUCGUUACCUGGUGGCAGCUGGCCCAGGGCCUGUUGAUGGCUUGGUGCCUUGGCGAGGUUGGCAAGGAAUACCCCAAGCUGGCAUACUUCCCAAGAGUUGAAAUAGACAGGAGACUCCUCAGAAGGUUGUUUGUGCCUACAAUUGUCAACGCUCUUAUGUUGGUUCUAGCAAACGUCCUUCUCUAUCGCGUGCAAUGCGUUGCAACACUUCCGGUCGUCGUUGCCUUUGCGGUCGUUCUUCAUCACGUCACCCGAUUCGUGGGUUGUGGAGAGGAAUACAUGCCAAUGCGUUGGCAAGCAGUUGGCCUGUUGUUCACAGCCUUCCUCUUGGGCAUCACCGAUUCAAAAACCGUCGGCUCUGACGUGCUGCCAUGGGCUAUACUGUACGCGAUCUUCUCCGCUGCUUUCCGCGCUGCUUUCCUGCAGAAGGUGAUGCACGAAGUAGAAGGCAAAGGAAACCUCCUGCACAACCACCAGCAUUUUAUCUCUGUUAUCAUUCUCCCGGUGUUGAUGCUCAUCUGCGGCGAGGGUUCUGUGCUUAGUGCCAUGCCAAUGAAUUUCGAGUCACUCUACACCUGGCAGACUUGGGGAUGCCUGUUUACUGUCGGAGCCCUUCCGUUCCUGAAGAAUAUCGUCUCCAACCGCCUUAUCCGCAGAACAGGUCAAGGCCCAUGGCGGUUCCUUGAGGUCUUGUCAAUUUUCUUCGUUUUCAUUAUCGGCGUCACGUUCGGAACCCCUGGGUGGCAAGGGUACAUUGCAAUCAUGCUGGUUAUUGCAGGGCGUGCUCUGGGAGCGUGUGACGUCCUUCUUAAUGCAGCAGAAGCUGAACAAAACGAAAUGAGCAGCGGCAAUCCAGCCCGGCCAGCAGACGCCGAGAGAGGAGAGCUGGAGCGCGGGUCAGGUUCCAAGCAGUAUCUGCAAUCCAUCGAAGAGGACAGCGGCGAAGCCUAUGGAGAACUUGCUGAAGGCGAAGAGCAUGAAAUGUAA